AUGACUGGACGCGGCGGCGGUGGUGGCCGCAAAACUCUUCUUGCGCCUAUCCAUUUUAUUUUCAGCCUGUUGCAGAAGCGCUCGACAGUCUCCAUCUGGCUUUACGAGAAUUUGCGCACGCGUAUUGAGGGCAAAAUCAGGGGCUUCGACGAAUUCAUGAAUCUAGUGAUUGAUGACGCGGUCGAGGUACAACUGGCUACAAGAGAUACCCCAGAGAAGAGAAGGCAGCUUGGACAAAUUCUAUUAAAGGGCGAUAAUGUCUCAUUGAUCCAGUCUCUGGACUAG